UUAUUAUGAUUUAAGCUCACAUUUAACGCUUCAAUUCAUCAUCAUCUUCCAACACUUUGAAACUGAAGCCCUGAUAUCAAAAUGGCGAAAGAAAAUCCAGUAGCACAGCCUUCUCCACCCAUUGUUGGGAAUAAAACAGAGCAUAAACACUUUAACAUUUUGAGCUUUCUGAAUGGUUCCAUUGCCAAAUCAUGGAAGGAAGUUGAGAAGCAAUUUCACAAGCAAGCGGGCAAUGGAAAACUUUUUAAGGACAAAUUUGGAGCCUGCAUUGGCCUGGAUGAGAACUCCAAAUUUUUUGCCGAUGAAUUGUUUGAUGUAUUGUCAAAGAGAAAAAGGAUUUACCAUGAGGAAGGAAUUACUCUGCAACAAUUGAAAGAGUUUUGGGAAGAAUUGAGAAAAGAUGAUCAGGACACCAGGCUUCAGAUUUUCUUGGACUUGUGUGACAAGAAUGAUGACAAUAAGAUCUCAAAGGAAGAGGUGAAGACCGUACUGAAGUGGACUGCUUCUGCAAACAAUUUGAAAAAUAUUGAAAACCAAAUUGAAUACUACGCAUCUCUGAUCGUAAAAGAGCUGGAUCCAGACGGCAAUGGGUUUAUUGAGAUUGAGCACUUGGAACUUUUAGUCAAAGAACUGUGGAAUUCUGAAGAAGCCAAAAUGUUGCGGAGGCAAGAUGCAUCAGCCAGCACUUUUGUGAGAGAAACAAUAGAAAUUAUCAAAGAGAACAGGAACAAAAUCUGGGUUUUGACACUGUGGUUAGCCAUAAAUUUGGGUCUGUUUAUUUGGAAAUUCAUGGAAUACAAGGAGAAACAGGCAUUUGAACUGAUGGGUUACUGCAUUGGUACUGCAAAGGGAUCAGCUGAGACUCUGAAAUUCAAUAUGGGUCUGAUUCUGCUUCUUGUUUGCAGAGGCACUUUAACCAAACUUAGAUCCACAUUUCUCAGCUCAAUAUUCCCUUUUGAUGAUCAUAUUUUCUUUCACAUGGUGGUUGGAUUAGCCAUUUCAUUGGCCACUUUUAUUCAUAUGAUUAUGCAUUUAGGAUGUGGGUUUCCAAUAUUGUCCACAUGCCUAAGCUACAAACUCAAGGAAAUUCUUGGGCCAAGUUUUGAGUCCAAGCAAGGAAGUUAUUUUGAUUUGGUUUUAAGUGUUCCUGGUGUUACUGGAAUCCUCAUGGUCAUUAUAAUGACCUACUCCUUCACACUGGCAAUUCCUUCACUUAGGAAGAGUAAGAAGGAUUUACAGAAAUCCUUUCACCAUUUGAUAGGUUUCAAUGCCUUUUGGUAUGCACAUCAUUUGCUUUUUCUGGUCUAUGUCUUACUGAUUCUUCAUGGCUACUUCAAAUCCCUAGCUUGGGACUGGUUGAACAGAACGACGUGGAUGUAUAUUGCAUUUCCAAUACUUCUAUAUGCAAGUGAGCGACUUGAUACAAUAUGCAACGAACGAAAACAUGAAGUCAAAGUAAAAAAAGCAGUAGUAUAUAGUAGAAAUGCUCUAGUAGCACUAUAUUUCACAAAACCUGAAGGAUUCAAGUACGAAAGUGGAAGUUAUGUGUAUGUGAAGUGCAAGGAUAUAUCAAAAUUUGAAUGGCAUCCGUUUUCUAUCACUUCUGCCCCUGGAGAUGACUAUUUAAGUCUUCAUAUACGUAAAGCAGGAGAUUGGACAGAAGAGCUCGUGAAUAGAUUUGAAAAGGCAUGUGAAGAUGAAGAGAAAACAAAAAGAGGUGGAAUAAUUAGACAAGUAAGCAAAAAUGUCUGGGGAUCAAGUGAUAAAUAUCCUCAAAUUUUGAUCAAAGGACCAUAUGGAGCCCCAUCACAAAAUUACAAGAAGUAUGACAUUCUCUUGCUCAUAGGCUUUGGAGUUGGGGCUACUCCAAUGAUCAGCAUUUUGAAAGAUGUAUUAUACCACAUCAAAACAAAUGCCCCUCAAAAUGCAGGAAAGAAUUCACCACAUACCAACCCUGCUCCAAAGGUCCCAAAGAAAGCAUAUUUCUAUUGGGUGACAAAAACACAAGAAUCAUUUGAAUGGUUUAAAGGGGUCAUGAAUGACGUGGCAGAAUACGAUAAUAGAAAAGAGAAAGUGAUUGAAAUGCACAACCAUUUAAGUUGCAUACAAAAGGAAGGAGAUGCAAGAUCCAUCUUCCUUACCAUUUUGCAAAAUAUACAAAGUGAAACUGAUAUCAUCUCUGGAAGCCGGAUAAGGGCUCGCUAUGGCAAACCGGACUGGGAAAAGGUUUUCUCAGAUUUGAAAACUAAACACGAAAAUUGUAACAUAGGUGUAUUUUACUGUGGCCCACCUUCUUUUAACAUAUUACCUAAUAUUUGCAGAAAAUAUAGCCAUGGUUCUACAAAAUUUCACUUCCACAAGGAAAACAUUUAGCAACUUCAAUUCUCUCACCCAAAAAAAAAAAAAAAUAUAUCAAAUUAUUAUCCAAUGUCUCCCAAUAAAAACAAAUUUCAACUUAUUAAUAAUAAUACUAAUAAUAAAAAGUGUGCAUGCAUGUAUGUGUGUAUAUAAAAUAGAAUAUAGACAACUUUUUUCUAA